CCUACGUCAACCAUAGCGAUUUGCUUCCCCAAAGCCCUCACCAGUGGCCAUAGAUUCUCGUCCACCAGUGGCCAUAGAUUCUCGUCGCUGAGAAGCUCCGACAGCCGUAACAGCUUCCCUUUCUUUUAAUCGUUUCUUCCUUUAACGAUUUCGACUCCGACAGCCCAAUCUACUCAGAUGGCAUCAUCAUCAUCGUCUCGGCGGUCGAUAGAUAUGGGGAGAAGGAACAGAGGAGGACCGGUUAUCGUGAGAUGUACAGAAAAUCCACAGCCUCCUAUAUAUGACAAAUAUUUCUGUUUAUCCGCCGCUGAGUUUGACGAUUCUUACAACAUCAAAGAAUGGUACAUGCUCAAUCUAUCUAGCAAUAAUAAUAAUGAGAAAGAGAGAAAGGAGAUGAGCGGAAAAAGAUUUGUUCAAAACUUUCCGACUCCUGAACUGCGAGCAGCUCGUCUUGCUGUCAAUCACGAUGAGCGGCAUAGAGGAGAAAAUCCAGCGACUCUACCUCUCAUCGCUCAGUUGGAGAAUGGUAAAGCCGACCGUGAAUAUGGUACCUGCUCAGCCAUGGUAGGGUCUAGAAUAUAUAGGUUUGGGGGGAGUCACACUGAUGAAGACGGUCGUGGCUUUCACAACUCUCGCCUUGUAAUUUAUUUUGAUAUUAAUCAUCCAGAGAAGGGUUGGAAGAAAGGUCCUCGCACUAUCUGUGGCCGAGAAGAUGCUGCUGUGGUGGUGGUUGAUGGGAAAAUUUUUGUCUUCGGUGGCAACGAAAGUAACAUUCCCGGUCUUUGUUGCGAAUUUUUAAACGCCAAUUUAGAAGAAGAAGAAGAAGAAGAAGGAGGAGGAGGAGGAGGCAACAGAAAAAGAAAAGGGAAGCGUAAGUGGAGUCCUUUGAAACAUGAUGAUGUGCCAAUAUCUAAGUGA